AUGAGUUUCUCUAAUCAAGAUGAAAACCGAGAAGAUCUACGAAAAACCAAAAUUACCAAAGAACUUUCUAGAACCUUAAAAGCUUUGCAAGCUCAACAACUAUUGGAUGAACCAGUCUACAGCAAUGAAUUGUCAAACAAAUUAUGUGACAUCCUGGAGGCCAUUUUUCUUCAUGGAUUGAAAGAGCCAGUUGCCCACAAGCUGAGAAUGUUUAUGCAGCAAAAUACUGGGCAAGUGUCAACACUUAACUUUUGGAAGUUUGUCUGCAAAUUUACUCAUAAGAAUGUGAUCUCUCAAAUUCAGGAACUGAAACAGAUAAAAACAGAUGUUGGUUAUUGUCGGGUUUGGGUUCGAAUGGCUCUUAAUGAUGGAUUAUUGUGCAGUUAUAUUGAUGCCAUGACAGCUGACCAUUCAACAUUAGAGUCUUUCUAUUAUCAAUUAGCUUAUCUCAGAGAUCUUGAACAACCAGGAAUAUUCAAAUCAUAUGUUCAAGGUCUGAUGGCAUUUCAGUUUGAGCUUCCCUACAACUCUAGUGUCCUCAACAGUUGGAUGAAUACUCCAUUGUUGCUGGCAGGCAUUGAAGGUGCUCUCAUGCCAGAAGAAGAACAACCAAAAAAUGAAAGUGUAGGGACCAACACUGACACCACUGAUACUGACACUGCUGACCUUACCUCUUCUACUUUGACCCCUGGUGCUGACUCCUCAAUAUCUACUAAUCCAUUUACAGCUUCUACUAUUUCUACUGCUGAAUCAGAUUCAAACACACUUACUUUUGAUGAUGCUGAUGCCACACACAGUGACAAUUCAAGAGAGAAAGGCCCAAAGGUGUCUGAGAAUAGUCAACAAAAUCAUGAAACUCCAUCAGAACCUAUAAUAAACAACUCUGUGAAACCAAAUCCGGAAUCUUCUUGCACCAUUAGUGAGGACAAUCAAGCAGAUAAUAAUACUACAAAAAUAGAAACAAACUCUGUUUUAACAAAUAGUAAAAAAACACAUCACCCAACAGGUGUGGGUAAAGCACCAAAUAUUAAUAACAACAAUAACAAAACCUCCAAAGAAUCAAAAGGCAAAUCAGGCAACAUCCAAUGCCAGCAGUCACGCCAAAGACCAAAUACAUUAAAUAUUGGAAAUUCUCCUGGUGGCAAUAGUUUAAAUUUGGGUAACAGUUUGGAAAUUGCCUCAGGAUGGUCGUCUGUUUUUCUUGAAGACCCUGUUCCAGUCCCUGCUCUGGCUUCAGCUCCAGAACCUUUUACUGAACCUGCUGAGAUUGUUGUAGUCCAAGAUGCUGAAAAUUUUGAAAGCUUAGUAGAGAACUACACAAGAGAACAUACAUUAUCACCAAUUCCCUUUGGGGAAAUUGCUGAAAGCUCACCUGAAAAUAAAAAUGGCCACACAAAAGAUCGUUCUGAAAAGGAUCACCAGACGCGUAUAGGAAAUUUGAUGCGGAUUUGUAAUGAAAAAGGAAUUGCCUCCCAGGAUUACCAGUGUAAUAGUUGUCCUUCUCCACUAGGCUUGUUGUAUGGAAAGCCCUUGGUUUGUACAUAUGAUGGUUGUUAUUAUUGCACUGACUGUCAUCACAAUGAUGAAUUCUAUAUCCCAUCAAGAAUCAUAUUCAACUGGGAUUUCAGCAAAUAUAAAGUGUGUGUUAGAAAUUUGGAAUUUUUGAAGGAAAUUCAGGAAUAUCCCCUGAUUGAUAUUGAUAAAAUAAAUCCAGAACUGUAUGACUAUAUUUCAGAUAUGAGAGAUACAAAGUUCCUCCGAAUUCGUUUAGCUCAUUUGAGCUCUUACCUGUUCACCUGUAAAAAGUCUGUAGCUGAGAAAUUCCGCCAAAGUUUAUGGCCCAAGGAGUAUUUGUAUGAGGACAUCCACAUCUAUUCUAUAAUAGAUUUCUUGCAAAUUCAAUCUGGUCAGCUACAGGCAAUGUUAAAGAAGUCACUGAAAACAGCCAGUAAACAUGUCUAUGAAUGUGGGUUGUGCAGUCAGAAAGGUUUCAUUUGUGAGAUCUGUAAGAAUCCACAGGUCAUCUAUCCGUUUGAGAUGGAUACAACGCAUCGAUGUGAACAAUGCAAAGCUGUUUAUCACAAGACCUGUAUGAACCUGAAAGGCCAGUGCCCAAAAUGUGAACGAAGACGCCAGCGUUUCAUGAAGAUAGGUCCAGUGUCCACCUCUCCGGAGCCAGAAUACGAUGUCAUUCCCUGGGACACUACAUAG